GGCAUAUUCGGAUCGCUGUCCAGUAGGCGCUAUCAGUCGAAAAAAAAAAUUCUCAACUAAACACGAUGCACUUUUUUAAUACGUUCGUAAUAAUGUUCUGUCUGUGGGUAGACGUCCAGUUGACUUAUCGAAGGGACCAAUAUGUCACAAACGGAUUCAAAGAGUGGUGGGAAAAACGUUCGGAAGGCACGGUUGAUCUAUGUGAUAUGACUGCAAGAGGUGAAGGUGAAACCUGGGGCGAGCUCGUACGAGAAGCUAUAGGAAUGGAAGACGGAUGUCCAGUGGACAAGGGAAAAGUGAAGGUCGAUAAAUUCAUACUAUCAGGUGGACGUUGCAGACCAUUAGAAGCUGUCUCCGAAAACUGGUCCACAAAACACAAAAUUAAUCUCAAUCUGAUAGAUGAAGAUGGCAAUAAAUUACUUACGGGAGGAAUCGCUACGAAGUUGAUAGAUGAUGGUGCGUGGAUGUAUCACUGAAAUAUUUCCUCGAGCUUGAUGUCUCUCACGAUUAAAAUAUCUAAUUAAAACCAUACCAAAUAAUUCACAGUUAAAUUUCUUUUAUUAUAUAAUAUAUAUUUAGAUAAUAUACACCGAGAUAGUAAAAGCUAAUUAUCCAUAACCAUAAAUAUAAUAUCUAUAGAAUAUAUUAAUAAUUUAUCAAGACAAAUUUUAUUCAACAAGAAUAUAAUUAUAU